CCAACAUGUUGGAUUAAGUAAACCUUUACCAACCCAAGUAAACACAGAGUCCUCUGUUUUCUUCUCUAUCUCCUUAUGUUCACAUUGCACUCUCAUUCUCAAUGCAUCAGCCAUUACAUUUUCCUCCUUAGAAAUGAAAACAUAGCCUUCAUAGUUUAAUCCCAAGCCUAUUUUCUCUCUCAUUCUCUCUAAGAAAAGACCAUGGAUUGGUCGAAGUUUGGCAGCAAACAGAUCAACUCAUCACAUUGGGGCAAAGUGCACGGUCCAUUCAUGAUGGAGGAUCUAGUGUGCCAAAAUCAAAACAUGAUGAUCUCAAAGGGUAUUUUCAAGAACAGUAACCCUCUCAAAUACGCAACGCCUCUUCUCUUUCUUCAAAUGUCAGUCAUCAUCAUCACCUCUAGGCUUAUCUUCCGCUUCCUCCAACCUUUUAAACAAGGAAUGAUCUCCGCUCAAGUCUUGGCUGGGAUUGUUCUUGGACCGUCUUUCUUAGGACAUAACGUGACAUACAUGAACAUGUUCCUGCCCGCUGGAGGCAAGAUCACAAUCCAAACGCUAUCAAACGUCGGUUUCAUCAUCCAUCUCUUCAUCCUCGGACUCAAAAUCGACGCGAGUAUUAUCAAAAAAGCAAGUUCCAAAGCAAUACUUAUCGGUACAGCCUCUUACGCCUUCCCAUUCUCUCUCGGACACCUCACGGUCUUCUUCAUUAAUACUACCGUGGGACUUCACAGAGACGUGUUUCACUGCGCAAGCACGGUGAUCUUCUUGUGCUCCAUGACAUCCUUCCCGGUAACAACCACGGUCUUAACGGAACUCAACAUCCUCAACUCAGAGCUAGGACGGUUAGCCACCAACUGCUCAAUGGUCUGCGAAGCUUGUAGCUGGUUCGUGGCUUUAGCGUUUAACCUCUACACGCGAGAGAGAACCAUAAAAGGCGUUUGGGGGAUUGUAAUGAUCGGAGGUCUUAUUGGGGUCAUUGUAGGAGUCUUUAGACCUUUGAUCAUAUACCUCACCGAGAGGAAAAGCAAGUCGAUGAACAAAAAAGACAUUGUCCCGUUCUUCCCGGUCCUCUUGAUCUUGGCUAUAGCUAGUACUAGUGCAGAGGCCAUGGGUGUCCACGCUGCGUUUGGAGCGUUUUGGCUAGGCGUUUCGCUCCCUGACGGUCCGCCUUUGGGGACGGAACUUGCUAUGAAACUUGAGCUGGUUGCUUCGAAUAUGCUUCUCCCGUGUUUUAUAGCUAUUAGUGGGUUACAGACUAAUUUCUUUGAGAUCACGGAGAGCCAUGAGAACCAUGUGGUGUUGAUUGAAGUGAUUCUCUUGGUCACUUACGGCUGCAAGUUCCUUGGAACAACGGCUGCGUCUGCUUACUGCCAAACGCAGAUUGGAGACGCGCUUUGUUUGGCGUUCUUGAUGUGUUGCCAAGGUAUCAUCGAAGUCUACGCUAUUGUCGUGUGGAAAGACGCUCAGGUUGUUGAUACAGAAUGCUUUAAUCUAGUGAUAGUAACGCUUUUACUUGUAACCGGAAUUUCGCGGUACCUCGUGGUGUACCUCUACGAUCCAUCGAAACGCUACAAAUGCAGAAGCAAACGAACGAUCCUCAACACGAGGGAACGCAAUCUUCAGCUCCGUCUUCUUCUUUGCAUGUACAACGUCGAAAACGUUCCUUCCAUGGUGAACCUUUUAGAAGCUACAUACCCGACAAGAUUUAACCCCAUCUCAUUUUUCACGCUGCACCUUGUGGAGCUUAAAGGACGAUCUCACGCAGUCCUCACGCCACACCACCAGAUGAACAAACUUGACCCAAACACGGCCCAGUCCACAUACAUUGUCAGUGCCCUCCAACGGUUUGAGCAAAAGUAUCAGGGUACACUCAUGGCGCAACAUUUCACCGCAGCCGCGCCUUUCUCGAGUAUAAACAACGACGUAUGCACGCUCGCACUUGACAAGAAGGCGACACUAAUCGUGAUUCCAUUCCACAAGCAAUACGCGAUCGACGGGACGGUCGGACAAGUCAACGGGCCCAUCAGGAACAUCAACCUUAACGUCCUUGAAGCGGCACCAUGUUCGGUCGCCAUAUUCAUAGACCGAGGGGAGUGCAAGGGACGACGCUCCGUCUUGAUGACCAGUACAUGGAAAAACGUGGCGGUGCUCUUCAUCGGAGGCCGGGACGACGCGGAGGCGCUCGCAUUAUGUAUGAGGAUGACUGAAAAACCGGAGCUUAACGUCACAGUGAUACAUUUCCGUCACAAAAGCUCCCUUCAGCACGAGGAUUACAGCGAAAUGGCUGAGUACAAUCUAAUAAACGAUUUCAAAAGCCAUGCAGCAGCGAAUAAAGGGAAUGUACAUUACAUAGAGGAGAUAGUGAAAGAUGGCGUGGAGACCACGCAAGCGAUUAGCUCACUUGGAGAUGCUUAUGACAUGAUUUUUGUGGGCCGAAACCAUGACCUAGAGUCUUCGGUCUUGUACGGACUUACAGAUUGGAGUGAGUGCCCAGAGUUAGGCGUGAUUGGAGAUAUGUUGACGGCCCCUGAAUUCCAUUUCUCUGUACUCGUUGUUCAUCAGCAGCAAGGGGAUGCACUGGCCAUGGACGAUAGUUAUAAAUUGCCUGUCGAGGAUCAAAAGAGUGGAGAUACAAAACAACAAGAACGAUUCUCUGUUGAAGAAGGUUUCACUACCAUUGAUCUCGACAAAAGUUAGUGUAAUCAAGUGACUUAAUCUUGAUUUUUGUAACAUUUCUUUCUAAUAAGUUCAUAACUAUAGAUAUUUACUUAUCUCUUAGAAGUAGAUGUAUUUGGAAUCUUGAGUUGAGCCUUAAAAAUAAAGACGCUAGACAUGUCAUGUGUUGUAAUUGUAGUUUCUAUUUUUUUUCCUUUAUUUUUUAGUUUUAUGUUAGUAAAUUUUUAGCGGUAAGUUAAUUGCAUAAAACAGUUUAUUGAGAAAAUAGUUUCACUCGAAUCCUCAAAUUCAUAGUUGUUUUUUCUUUCAUAUCGCACAUAAACACCAUAAAAAUCAUCUUAAUUAAUAUGGACCAUCGAGUCUAGGCAGAACUUAAAUACUCGCUUCCAUCAUCUAUUCUGUAACUUAAAACCAUAAUUCAUAGACAUAUAUGUUUUAUUAUACAUUAGUAAGAUACUGCACCAUUUAAAAACAUAUAUCAUGCACUUCUAAUCACUUAUAUAAGUAGUCGGAGCAGAUCCCUUAAUGACCUAUGAGAGAGGUCACUCCAAUGAUCAUGAACAACAAUAUCCAUAAGAAUUGGUUAAUUUGUUUUUGUUGGACUAGGCUUUGACACCAUCAUAACUUUAUCCUAGGUAUUUAUUUUGUAAAGUUUCACAUCAUAUUUUAUCACAAUUUAGUCGCAUAUUUUAAAUGCAUUCAUUUUUUAUAUCAAAGAUGCAUUCUUUAUCGUAAUUUAUUAUGUAUAUAUAUUUUUAUGUCACUCAUAUUCUCAUAAAUAUAUAACUUCUGAAUGUAGAAUUUAGUAGAAAUGGCACAAUAUUACAAUCAUCUAGAUUUUCUAUCACUAUACUUCAAGACAAAACACACUUUCUUUUAUUAAUGUUAAAAGCUCUCGAAACGCUCUACCAAAGAACAAAAAAACUUUCAAAAUAAUUCUCAGACCAUCUCCGGCUUCACUUCAUUUUCAUUUUUUUCAUUUUUGCUUCAUUUUGAAGUAAGUUUUUUUCAACUCUACUUUAUAUAUUGCUUCAAAAUGAAACAGUGAACAGUGUUAUUUCAAAUUUGAAGAUCUACUGUGCAUUUUAUUUUUUGAAAAUGAAAUUUUUUAAAUUGUAAAUUGGUCCUUAACUUUUACUUAUUCUUAUAUUUUUCCAAAAUAAAUUAUAUACGUUAAUAUUAUCCAAUUAAUUUUAAUUUUUGACUAUUAAUUUCAUUUAAUCAAAUGUAUAUAUCAAAAAGCAUAUGAAUAUUCAUUUGUAAGAAUUUUCAACUCGAUUAGAAAAAAUCUAAGAUAAAUAAGUUCAUCUCUUACUUCUAAACAAUUUUGUUAAUCACUUAUAGAAAAAUUAUAUAUAUGGUCUUUUUCCAAAUUAUGAUGUUUUGUGUUUGUUUAUUCAUGUUGUGUAACAAAUUUAUUAUAUGAU